CAUCGGUAGCUAUUGGUUACUUAUUUCAAUCUGUGAGAAAUUCUCACUAUGAAUAAAACGAGUUUCUAUGUUAUUUAAUUUAAUUAUAGAUUUGUCGCUUUUAUUGUACCAGUCUUUCAUUUAUAUCAUAGUGUGACAAUAAUAAUCAUCACAGAUAGGUUACAUUUGUUUAAAUAUGGAUGGUUCAGUCAGACGCAAAAUAUUAUUUUCAUCCAUCUGUGCAAUUUGUCGUGAAAAUGGUUUCGCUUAUGCUGAAAAACCGGCAGUUGAAUCUCUUCUUGAGAUGUUACAAGCAUUGAUUUUUGAGAUUGGACGGACCAGUCGCCAAUAUUGUGAACACGGAGGACGAACUGAACCAAAUGUUGCUGACAUUGACAUAGCUUUGGUUUGUUUAGGGAUAAGAUCGGAUUCUAUUCCUGAUUAUGCUAGAAGAUCUGAGAGGAUUGCGUUACCACCACCAGGGAAAGCGCCUAGUCAACCUACUCCUAAGAUUUUACAAGCGGGAGAAAAGAAACCUCUACCACCAUACAUUCCUGAUUAUUUCCCUUCCUUUCCAGAUGCUCACGCUUAUAUUAGAACUCCUACUUACAAACAACCUGUUACGGAGUAUGAAGCUAUCAGAGAAAAAUCAGCUACACAGAAACGUGAUGUUGAAAGAGCAUUAACCAGAUUUAUGGCCAAAACAGGAGAAAACUCAUUGUCACACUCGCUUUUCCCGGAUGAACAACUAACUAACCUUUAUCCUUUAAUUGAACUUAAAUUAAGAUCUAAUGUUUAUUUAGAGGCACUUUUACCUAAGGAUCAAAUUUUUGAAGACGAAGACGAAGAUGACAGUACUGUGGAAGAAAAAGAAUCACCAAGAAAAUCACUCAAAACGUCAACAUCAGAUGAAGCACAAGGAGGUGAUACUGGUGAAAAGUCAAAUGCCGCAGGUGAAAACAAUACUACUGAAUCUGAAGUUCUAGACAAUCCAUAUCUAAGAGAACCAAAGCUGUAUAAUGCUUCACUUUCUUGACCUUGUUAACUUUCUUGAAUUUUUUCGUCUCACUACACCGCCUUAUCUAUACCAUUUUGUAUAAUUCACAAUUUGAUUAUAAACGAGUUUUUUAGAUAAAUAA